CCGCCCCGCCGCCGGGGCUGACUGGCGGAAGGGGAAGUGGGGGGGGCCGGCGGCGGUGGGGAAGAUGGCGUACCAGAGCCUCCGGCUGGAGUACCUGCAGAUCCCGCCGGUCAGCCGCGCCUACACCACCGCCUGCGUCCUCACCACCGCCGCUGUGCAGUUGGAAUUGAUCACCCCUUUCCAAUUGUACUUCAAUCCUGAGUUAAUCUUUAAACACUUCCAAAUAUGGAGGCUAAUCACCAAUUUCUUAUUUUUUGGUCCAGUUGGAUUCAAUUUUUUAUUUAACAUGAUUUUUCUGUACCGCUACUGUCGAAUGCUAGAAGAAGGCUCUUUCCGAGGUCGGACAGCAGACUUUGUAUUUAUGUUCCUUUUUGGUGGAUUCUUAAUGACUCUUUUUGGUUUGUUUGUGAGCUUAGUUUUCCUGGGACAGGCCUUUACAAUAAUGCUUGUCUACGUAUGGAGCCGAAGGAACCCGUAUGUCCGCAUGAACUUUUUUGGCCUUCUCAAUUUCCAGGCGCCCUUUCUGCCCUGGGUGCUCAUGGGCUUUUCCUUGUUGCUGGGGAACUCCAUCAUCGUGGACCUCUUGGGCAUCGCAGUUGGACACAUAUAUUUUUUCUUGGAAGAUGUAUUUCCCAAUCAGCCUGGUGGAAUAAGAAUCCUGAAAACACCAUCUAUUUUGAUCUCCCAGGCUCCUCCUCUCCCUGAUGCUGUUUCUGCAAGGUACUCUGGUUCCUUCCUAGUGGGGAGUGGUGCCUGGAAGUCAAGAUGCGGGCACUGGGUGUGCUCAUUGCUUGCGGAGUUACCGGACCGUGAACAGAGCGAGGGAAGUCUGCGUGCCUGUGGGAAGGCUAUUUUUGAUACACCAGACGAGGAUCCAAAUUACAAUCCACUACCUGAAGAGCGGCCAGGAGGCUUUGCCUGGGGUGAGGGCCAGCGCCUCGGUGGUUAAAGCAACAGUGCCAAUAAUGAGACCCAGCUGGGAAGGACUCAGUGACAUGCCCUUUGGGAUUCUUUUAUCCUUUGUGUUGCAAAAGUGCGGACACUUUUGACGGCUUGGCAGGUUUUAACUCCAGAAGCACUUUAUGGAAUGGUACACUAAUGGAUCCAGAAGACACUUGGAGCAGCCGGCCAGUGGCUCCUCACUACCCUGGCAGUGAAGGUAUAAUCUCUCCAAGCCAAACCACUGGAGAAACAAGUACCCUGCUGCCUCUGGCGAACAAGUACAGGAGUGCUUGAGUUCUGGGGUGUAAGGCAGAGCUUUCUCUUCCUCUUCUUCUUUGAUAGACGAGGCCAUGGUGUAAAUGGAAGUUUCAGAGAGGACAAAAUAAAACUGAAUUCCAUCUCUCUCUUCUCACUGAA